CUUAGUUUUAGUAUUUUGAAAAAGUUGUCUUAUGACAAUGUUUAACUUUUGUAUUUUUAAAGUAAAUUUGUUUGAUAUAAAAGUUAUCUGAAAUACUAGUGUUAAUUAAAAAAAUCAUUUUACAAAUAAGUUCUUAGAAAAAUGAAUCUUAAGUAGUGUUUCUCUAUAAUUGUAAGUUAUUUUUAGCUUAUAAGUACCAUGUUUCUCUAUAUUUAUAAAAAUGAAUUCGGUUGGUUGGGGUUUCUUCGCCGAUUAAUUAUAAAAAUGAAUUCGGUUGGUUGGGGUUUCUUCGCCGAUUAAGUUCCAGGUAGAGGUCAAGAAUUGGAUGAGGAGUAGCUUGGAGAAAAGUGAGCUGUGACGCUGAUGGAUGGCUGAAGAAUUUUACUAUUAUUUAAAUAUCAUAUUUACUUAUUAUUCGACUUAUCAAGAUUGUUCUGAAUGUUGUUUUCAAGGCUUCCGCAACAUCAUUUAAUCAGGGACGCUGUGACGGAUGAAGAAUUCAACCAGAUUUAUUCUGGUAGAGGAGACGCGAAUCUCCCCACUCUUGAUAGUCUAUUCGAGGAUGUUGAUGAAGCAGGACUGGAUAAUCUUGACGGGGACGAUGAGCCUACACCGCAAAGCAACGACGUCGACGUGGAGGCAGGUGAGCCCGAGACCUCUCGAGGUCCGGACAAAGUAUCAACCGUAGCAGUUGAACGGGAAUUCAGUGCUGGCGGCAACAUUCUAACCGACUACCGAAGUUGUCUUAACGCUGAAUCUCUUGAAACACUGGUUUGCAACCAAGAUUGGCUCUUGGCAAGACGUCGGGCUCAAGAGUCAUCGUACCAACUCGAAUCGGAGCAUUACAUGAAUGCAACCACAGAUGGAAGUCCGAGUUCUGAAGAAUAAGUUAUAAAUUUUUUUAUGUUAAUGUAAAUAUGUAAUUAAUUUUUUUAGGUGAGCGAAAUAUAAGCUCUUUCGAGGG